AUGGCUUCUAAUAUGCCCCGUGCUAAACGGCCCAAGGUUGCCAAAGAUGCCGCAGUCUUCACAAAGGCCAAGCCUAGGGGGGAGGUUCGGUAUCCACCUUGCGAAGAGCGAGACGAAGAGUUGGCUCGAAAGCACCGCGAAUUUCGCAUCCAUCCCACGAGUGAUAUUGCAGAGUACGCAAGACACAUACCAUAUAACAGUGACAAGAAAUCGUUCCAGGAGCGGACUGGUCGGGAGAGUUUUGAGGUCUUUCAGUAUACGUUUAAACUUCCCGGCGAAGAGAAAGAAUGGAUCGUGAUGUGGGAUUACAACAUUGGUCUUGUGCGGACGACGCAUCUCUUCAAAUGCAAUGACUACUCAAAGACGACACCAGCCAAGAUGCUGAAUGCCAACCCUGGUCUUCGUGAGAUUUGCCACAGCAUCACUGGCGGAGCACUUGCCGCCCAAGGCUACUGGAUGCCAUUUGAGGCCGCAAAAGCGGUGGCAGCGACGUUCUGCUGGAAGAUCCGACACGCCUUGACCCCGUUAUUCGGCCUGGAUUUCCCGUCGAUGUGCAUCCACCCUCAGGACCGAGGACGCUUCGGCCGUAUGGUCAUCGACCCGGCUAUCGUAAGAAAGGCCACCGAAACGGCAAACUACUACCGCAUGCUUGAACUCCAGUCUCCAUCCUAUAGUCCCCUCCGCCCUCUCCGGACGGGAACAAGCUUCCGUCCGAACUCAGCAGGGAGCUCUGGAUUCGUGAAGCGACUCAUCCCCCGAACCCACCAGCACCGAUACGCAGAUAGUAUGCGCGGCUACGGGUCCUCACCCGAGUACAAUGGGGACGUAUACUGCGUCUCCCCAGUGAGCCCGUUCCGGAAUAGCUUCACCCCCGUCAACACACCCCGAAGCUCCGAGGUAAUCUGCUCCGAAUUACCCUCGCCGCGAACGAUGCUCGUUACCAUCGCCCAGACGCCCGACAGAGAACGUACAGGAGGGAGUGAGGAGGACUCCGGGUCGGACGAGUCGGGCUCAUCGACCCUGUACACGGAGAGUACCAGUACCGCGACCGAGGUCCUCUCCAUGGAUCUUGAUGAAGACGACGACGAUGACGAGGAUUACUGCGAGAAAGACGACCGAAGCGAUAGGGGCUCUGUCAAGUCGUCGAGUCAUGAUCCUAACCGAAAGAUCGAGACCCGGUCCAAACGGAAACAUAGCUCCGCGCUCUUCGCGCGAGAAGUCAAGGCCGCGCAUGCCUUGUUGAGUCUGCACAUGCAAGAAGCCACGGGCAGCGACGUGGAUGAAGAGCCGCUGCUGAUGGCCUCGAGGGGCUCGAACAGUCGGAAGAGACGGAGGGCAUCUGCGUGA